GAGAGCGCAUCGCUGUUGCCCAAAAGAAAAAAAAAAGAAAAAACGAGCUAAUAAGUGAAAAAACGAAAACAAACGUGAAAAUAAAUAAUUGUAAUAAUAAAGAGAGCGCCGCAAUGCCACGUCCAUUGAAAGUUACCUAUGGUGACCAGAAGCCACCAUAUUCGUAUAUCUCAUUAACAGCCAUGGCCAUUAUGCAUUCGCCGCAUAAAAUGCUGCCGCUGAGUGAAAUCUAUCGCUUUAUUAUGGACAAAUUCCCCUAUUACCGUAACAAUAUGCAAAAAUGGCAAAACUCUCUGCGACACAAUUUAAGUUUCAACGAUUGCUUCAUCAAAGUGCCGCGCAACAUCAGCAAAGCCGGCAAAGGAUCAUAUUGGACGCUGCACCCAAAGGCGCUAGGCAUGUUCGAGAAUGGCAGUUUGUUGAGGCGACGGAAACGCUUUCGCGUCAAGCAAUUGGAAAAGGACAUCAUCAACUCGGACCUGGCCGCAAUAUCCGCAUAUAGCGCUGCUGCUGCACAAAUUAACGGAGCUGAUUCACAUGCCGACUGGAGUCUCAUCGAUAAUGAUAACUACAAAACUUCCACGCAACACAAAAAACAAUACUAUGUCGAACCAGCAGUUCCAUUAAGUGUGACCGACUUGGUCGAUAGCAUUCCUACGCGCCCCAAGCGCGCAUUCACCAUCGAGAGUCUGAUUGCUCCUGAAACUAGCAAUAGUAUUAACAGUAGUAGUAGUAGCAGUAGUAGUUUAGUGAGAAGUGGUGUUCAUGAUGCACGAACCAUAGCUCAAGCCGUGCACCGAAAGCAAGUUUUACUCAAUACGAGUAGUCGAUGCAUUGAGGCCAUUCCCCAUGUUGCCAAUGCAGCGGCAGCGGCUAACUUUGCUCAAGCAAAUUUUAAUCAGUUAAUGACACAUCAUCAAACCCAAUUGCCAUUAAUCACACAUUAUUUGUAUAAUCCUCAGCACACAUUAAACACCAUGUACAUUUAUCAGCACAAGCAAUUGCAUGACCUACGAAACCAUUUCAAUGGUUCGCUUUCAAUAUUCUAAUAAUUAGACCAUAAGAUAGCUGCAGUUAAGGACGCUGUGAGAUACCCGUUGCCCAUUACAGUGAAUAGAAAUCAAUUAAGUGUGCAUCAAUUAUCGUCCUAUCAAAAUAUUUCGUAAAUACCUUCAAAGGUAUCAAGAUUCCUCCUAAUAAAAUAUUUCUCAACAUCCGAUCGUUACCAAAUAGCGCCCCUUAAGUAUGACUAUCUUUCGACCUAUAAAACGUUAUCUUAAACACCUUUAAAGUGUGAUCAACUUUAACGUAAUACAAGUAUUUCUUUACCACAUUAAAAAGUAAAUAAUAUUUGGUCUAAACAAAAUUAAAUUUCUUCAUACGAUCUUAACCCAAUUUACCUCAUUUAGGUGAAUAACUUGCGCUCCAUAAACAAAUUUCGUACCUUCAAAAUUUAUUAUCCCAUCGCAAAAAAAGCUUCAAAACCACUCAGAUCAUUUGCUAAUAUGUACAUAUGUAUUUUUAAAUGUAUUGCUCUAUCUUUCAAAAUGAGUAUUUGAUUUGUGGCGAACGGUAACGUGAACAAUUUAUUUAACAAUGUUUAUUCGAAUGAAAAAAAAAUUGUCAUACUUAUAGUUCUUAUAAUCUAUAUAUGUAACUAACCUAUCGAUAUUUGGAUCUGCUAUUACAACACAUUCUUGAAUCCUAUGGCUAGCGGGUUAGACAGCAAACUAAGAAAAAUGAAUUUUUUGUUUAUAAGUUUACAAUUAAAUGGACUAAACUCGUUUUGUGAUAUAUUAGUUUUUUACAAUAAAUUAUUAUUAUGCAUUUUGUUAAAACGUAAUU